UCUUGCCGCAUCAUCGCAAGGGCUUCGCCUUGGCGGCGACUGCUGCUGCUGCUGCCGCUCUUGGGUGCUGAGCGGGGCGAAGACCGCGCUGCCCCCUCGAGCCUCUGGAGCGGGCCGGCAAUCAGUGGUGCAUCUUGAAUUCGGCUCUGCACCCACCACCACGUAUUCCAACAACAGCUACGACUCCCCCCACCCUGAGGUUCUGCGAGCUGCAGAUUUUUUUGAGUGGGGCGCAUGGCAUGACACUACAGCAACUGCUCUCUGUUCGCCGUUCUGCAAUAGCUGGCAAAGCAAGAUGGUCCAUAUCAACGACUUGCCCAGCGACAUCCUCCUGGAUCUGCUCUCUUGGGUCCCUGGCAGGGAUCUGGUUCGCAACUGCCGGCUGGUCUGCUUGCAGUGGCAAGAUCUGGUGGAUCUGGCCACGCUGUGGAAGCGCAAGUGCUUACGAGAAGGUUUCGACCCUGAAACGCCAGACAGGAGCGUCCCGGACUGGAGGAUCUUCUACUUUCUCUGUAUUAUGAAGAGGAACUUAAUCAAGAAUCCCUGCGGUGAAGACGGCUUCAACUUCUGGGAAAUUGAGUCGCACAACGGAGACAAGUGGCGGAUCGAGGAGCUGCCCGGAGCUCGGAGAAGAGACUUUCCCCACCAGUCUGUUCCAAAAUAUUUUGUCACGUCUCAAGGGCCCUGCACGAAGCACCAGCUCAUCAGCUUAAAGAAAGCAGGCUACUGGGAUGAGCUGAUGGACAAGACCAAGCCGGAUAUUGUGGUGAAGGACUGGUCUCCUACACGUUUCACAACUACCCUCCUGGGGUUCGCCAUGUGCUCUUUAAACAUGGAGGCCAGGGUUGGUACGGCAUGCGAAUCACCAACAGCAGCAUCACCGUUGGCCCGGAAACCGGAGCGUGACACCGAAAGCCCUGCCUUGGAAACGCUUGGAUUCCUUUGGGCAGUUUCUGGUGGAGCUUCCCACCCGCUUAAAUUUGCACUUUCACGGGGACUGCAGGUUCAGGCCUUCUCUGCAGCUGAACAUUUGUAUCCGCCGUCUGUAUCUGAGUCCUGCACAUUGCUGGCUAAUGAAACUGGGGAGCUCAGGUUGUUCCGUGGGGAAACAGCAGUGGGAUGAUUUUGAAAGCAGACUCUUGGGGUGAGUUAGAUAUGGGUAGAAGACCGAUGGGUCCUCGUAGCAGACUGCCGGGCAGGGUGGGGGUGCCUUAAUUUUGCCCCCCACAAGGGCUGGCUUCUUUUUGGGAAGACCCUUGUGCUGAAGAGCUGUACUGCGUUGCAUGUUGAAAUUCAGCAAGGAAAAAAAUUUACUUGUUGCAUUUCUGCCACUGGUUUUGCAUGGAGGAUUAAUUGCAAAGAACAAUUUUCUUGUUUUCUUUUUUUAAAGGACUGGUUUAUUUCAUUUUUAAAAUAUAUAUAUAUUUUAAUGCAAAUACAACCAUGAAUGGAUGAUGCCCAGUUCUCUCAUCCACAGCGAAUUGUAACAAUGUUGGCGAUGGUGCCUUGUGCCAUCUCUCCAAUGCCAGCUGUAUCCCUCUUGCAUCUUUCAGUUUUGAAAUAAGAAUCGGGGUGAAGUCAAACUCACUUUCCCUACCUGAAUGGCCAGUCCAGAGAAUAACCAAAACUCUGUCGUUGUGCCUGCCAAAGCUGGGGAAAAGCUUGGCUCUUUCACAGAUGCUCUCUUGAAAACAAAACAGACGUAUUAUUGUGCAUUCUAACCCAUGUUAGAAUUCCCCUUUUGGAAGCUGCCGCCUACCUUCAAAGACUGUUGUAAGGGCAAGAUCGACUGGAGACAAUGAAUUUGUUGAACAGCUGGAAGGGAUUUUUCAGGCCGAAGGAGCUGCCUUCCUUCUCAUUGACAGAUCCCAAGCACGGAAGGCAGAAGAAAAUAUGGAAUCCUCAUGAUGUCUGGUGGUCGUCCAACCAAGGGAGGAAGCCCUUCUCAUCAUAUGGUGCAUUUAUGUAAUUUGCAAAUUAAAAUAGAAAGUUCUCUUCCAUGA